GGCAACGCCACAAACGAAUGCACUACACUAAUUUGAAAAUCAAAUUCCAAUCAAUUGAAAAUGCUAGACUACUUUUCGGUGUUCGUUCUUGCGAUAUUGACGUUGUCGUACGUUGUGGGCGAGUUGGUUCAUUUUAUGCCUGGAGUGUUGAGCCAACAAAUGUCACAGGAUUUGCAUUAUGGGGAUCAAAAAUGCUUUUCCACCAAUUCACAAAACGCCACAGUGUGUCUUAAGAUCCAGAAUGAAAGUCAGUGCGAACUGGAGAACCCCACGUGCGAAUUCAUCUACUCUGGCCAAGGAAUCGAAUAUCAAGUGCUGGCCGGACCAGCUUUUUCGAUCCCAUUCACUUGUGGGUCGUUGAUUUGGGGAGCUAUAGCUGGCCAAGGGCCAAGGCCCAGAUUGGUUGGGAUUUGCACCCUUUUGUUCAGCGUCUGUUCGGGCUUGUUUGGAGUAUCCCGAGCAUAUUGGCAAUUGGUUGUCCUGCGAGUUCUCUGCGCUUUUGGAGAAUCUGGACUUCGACCGCUAGCCUCAUCGAUUCUACCAGAUUUGGUUAAGCCUGAACGGCUGGGAUUGGCCAAUGGAUGUUUUUCUCUUGGAAUCAUGUUUGGAUAUGGUUUGAGUUUCGCUAUGGGAAAUUACUUUUCUUUGGUUACCUCACUGGGUUGGAGGGCUUGCUUUGCACUAAGUUUUAUAGCCGGAUCCAUUGUUGGGAUUGCUCUCUUGUUCAUCAAAGAUUUCGGUAAUAGAGAAAUGCGGAUAAAUGAGACAACUGCGCUGAUAACACAGGAUGACUCAAAAACAACUUCAAAACCUUUGAAUUGCCUAUCCAAAUUCGCAGAAUUCAAGCAAACCAAGAUGGUUCUGAUGUUGAUAGCUGCUUCGUUGCGGCAAACAGGAGGCGAAAGCUUGUCCAACAAUACUCAGUUGUAUUAUGACCAGUAUUAUCCAGAAGUGAAUCCUGGUUUAUGGCUCACCACAUGUUCCAUAGUGGGUGGAACAAGUGGAUUACUCUUGGGCGGAUUAUUGUCAGACUUUGCCAAACGGAGGAUGGGGAUUCGAGCGCGAUUUUGGGUCUUAACAGCCUCUCAACUACUCUCUACGCCGUUUGCUUGGGCGAUGCUACUCCUACCUCCUCCGUGGUCUUAUGUUGCUCUUCUGUUAUACUACUGCUUGGGUAAGUUCGACCCAAUGCAUUCGAGCACAUCAAAAAAUAAUUUUAGAGAUAUCAAUGUCCUAUCAUUUUCAGCAGAGACAUGGUUAGCAAUUUUGUUCGCCAUUUUGAUUGAGCUAACCAAACCCAGAAAUCGAGCAAUGACAUCCGCGAUCUUUGUUUUUGCAAUGAAUAACUUGGCCGGACUUCUAUCGCUUUUGGUGGAUCCUUUGUCUAAGAUUCUGAGCUUUCGCUUAGCACUCAUGAUCAUGUGGCCUUCCUUCAUUAUUCUAGGUGGAUUGACAUUUGGCAUUUCAACUUUGGUCAAAUAAAAACAUUGAUCAAAGUGUUCAAACUUCUCCUAAUUAUUGGUCAGGAUUCCAGAAAUCACCAUAUUUUCCAAAGCGUUACGACAAUAAUUAUUAAAAAGUACACAGAGUCCUUUCAAGCAAGUAGAGAUUUUGAGAACGCCAGCAUCGCGAGUUCUGUAAAUGCGUUGUCG